AAUACUUUUGUUUUCUUUUAUCUAUUUUUGAAUUGUAAUACUUUGAAGAAGAGAAUGCUAGAACCUUUACUGGAACAGCUUAACUCUAAAUUAAUUGUUUUAGCUAGUGGAUCGCCGCGAAGAAGUAAUAUACUGMGAAAAAUUGGUCUUAAGUUUACGAUUGUUCCAUCAACAUUCGAGGAAAACUUGGAUAAGUCACAGUUUAACCAUCCAAAGGAUUAUGUCCUUGAAAACGCGAAACAAAAAGCACUGGAAGUGACAAAAAGAMUCCUAGAAGACAACAAUAAAGAUAAUCCAGASUUAGUAAUAGGAUCAGACACCAUUGUGUUUCAUAAUAAUAAGAUAUUAGAAAAACCCAAAAGCAAAGAAGAUGCUUAUAACAUGUUAAGAAGGUUAAGUGGAAGUGAACAUAAAGUUUACAGUGGAGUUACCUUAAUUCAACCACAUGACAGUCUUAUGGUAUCUAAGUCAGCAAUUACUCAAUUUUAUGAAGAAACUACUGUCAUGUUUGGUGAAGUGUCUGAUGAUGUCAUACAAGGAUACAUUGAUACUGGAGAACCAAUGGACAAAGCUGGCUCAUAUGGUAUCCAAGGAAAGGGAGCCACCUUGAUAAGGGGUAUCCAUGGUGAUUAUUUUAACGUGGAGGGUUUUCCUUUGUAUCAUUUUUGUACCCAACUUGUAAAACUGUACAAAAAAUAAAYACUYAAAAUUAAAUCUUUU